CACGCGGACGGACUACCUUAUCCCUUGCCGUCUAAAAGCAAAUUUGCAGUCGAGGUCGAGGAAGAGAGGGUAACGAGAAUGGUGUUAGGCUCUCAGGCUCAGGUCGUUCCGUUUCUGUCGGACAUAUCUGCUAUCACCUCCUCCUCCUCCUCCUCCUCUUCUUCCUCCACUACGAUUCCAUGUCUGACAAGACGGAGAGCGACCAUUAUCAGUUCUCUAGUUGGAGUUGCAGUUGGCGUGUCCUCUUUGCUGCGCCUGUGCAGUUCCGAUCUCCAGUAUUCUUCAUGCCGUCCGGCACUGGCAGAGCAGAAGCCAGAGGACGAGCUUCAGCGAGAAGAGGAUCGCGUCGUCCACAUCUUUCAGGAAACUUCGCCGUCGGUUGUUUUCAUUAAGGACUUGGCAAUAGCUAAAAGCUCCAAGGGCUCUUCGAGCGAAGCCGUGCCUAUUGAUGAUAAAGAUGCCAAACUUGAGGGCACAGGUUCUGGCUUCAUUUGGGAUAAAUUUGGUCACAUUGUCACUAAUUACCAUGUCAUCGCCAAGUUGGCCACAGAUCAAAGUGGGUUACAGCGUUGUAAGGUGUUACUAGUAGAUGCAACAGGUAGUAGCUUUGUCCGAGAAGGCAAAAUUAUUGGCUUUGAUACUGCAAAUGAUCUGGCUGUCUUGAAGGUCAACAUCGAUGGACAUCAAGUAAAACCUGCUGUUCUUGGGACUUCCCAUGACCUUCGUGUAGGUCAGAGCUGCUUUGCAAUUGGAAAUCCAUAUGGAUAUGAAAACACGCUCACAACCGGGGUGGUUAGUGGUUUGGGGAGGGAGAUACCCUCACCAAAUGGAAGCUCUAUUCGAGGAGCUAUACAGACUGAUGCAGCAAUUAAUUCUGGGAAUUCAGGAGGGCCAUUGAUAGAUUCGCAUGGCUAUGUGAUAGGAGUCAACACAGCAACAUUUACUCGCAAAGGGACAGGGUUGUCCUCCGGUGUUAACUUCGCAAUUCCAGUGGAUACCGUGGUCCGAACAGUUCCUUACUUGAUAGUUUAUGGAACACCAUAUAGUAACAGAUUCUGAUCUCUAGUCUGUUGUAAUUGUAUCUACUGGUCAUUCCGAGUUCAAAAUGUUCAUUGUAGCCGCUCUUGGAGUUAUGGCGAUGCGUUAAAUAAUUGCCAUUUCUUGAGUAAAAACUGAACUGUAGCGCUUUUAAUCUAAUUGAUGCAGUGCAGCUUCUUUGCCGGGCUUGUAAAAGUAAAAUUGUCACAUGUAUACCAGUUUG